GCGCACACCAUUAUGAUAACGGUACCAACAAGCCCUUAAAACACCGUUUCUCUUUCUUUUUGCGUCAAGUCUGUGCACGUCGCUCUACAUCAUUUCGUACAUCGAGAAAAGGAUAGAAUAUUCAUUUCUGUCACGUAAACAUCCGAGUUUACUUCAGUUAGCCUUGCAUACUGCGAUAUUCGGUCCCAUUCCUUUCAGCAGCUGAUUCCCGAAUGAGCUUGGAUGCGCGGCUUGCUGAAGGACUUGGAUGGCAAGGGCGACGGUCGAUGGAGUUAUCUGGUCGGCAUUGAGUCUAUGAUAUCAGGAGCUGGAGCCGGCUUGGUCAGCAGCAUCCUGACUUGUCCUCUGGAUCUUGUCAAGACAAAGCUGCAAGCGCAAGGUGGCUUGCGAGUUGAAGGUCAGACUGGCUAUUACGACGGCCUAGUAGGCUCCCUUCGGAUUAUCUGGCAAGAAGAGGGUUUUCGCGGUCUCUAUCGAGGACUUGGUCCCACUAUAUUUGGAUAUCUACCCACCUGGGCUAUCUACUUUACCGUUUACGAUUCAGUUAAAUCAACCUUGGCCGAGUUACGCCCUAGUCAUCGUGAAGAUGUCUUUUCUCAUGUUUUGGCAGCUAUGACUGCUGGCGCCACUUCAACAAUAGCAACUAAUCCACUAUGGGUGAUCAAAACUCGAUUUAUGACACAGCGCAUCACGGAAGGUUCAAAGACAGAGCGUUAUAAACAUACUUUUGACGCUUUUCGUAGGAUCUACGCACAAGAAGGCUUGCGGGGGUUUUACCGCGGUAUGCUGCCCAGCUUAUUCGGAGUUUCUCAUGUGGCGAUCCAAUUUCCGCUUUACGAGCAAAUCAAGUUGUAUUACAAGUCUACCGAUUCCAAUGACCUGCCAUCGAGUCGGAUUUUGGUCGCCUCCGCUUGCUCGAAGAUGUUGGCUUCUGUGAUCACCUAUCCCCAUGAAGUCCUGCGGACUCGUCUUCAAGUUCACCGUCUUGAACCACCUUCAUGCCAGAUUCAGCCUGUUUCCCAGUCUCACAUAGAUGCAAUUCCCUCUUCAAAGCCCGAAUCCCGAAGGACCAAGUUGGUAUAUCCUCGUAUGAAGCAAACUUUCAAUCACAUCAUGAAGACAGAGGGCAUCUCUGGGUUCUAUCAUGGCUUGGGCGUAAACCUCAUCCGGACUGUGCCAAACAGCGCACUUACGAUACUGACUUAUGAGCUUCUGAUGCGGCAGAUUACUUCCCUCACGCGACCCGAGACACAUUGAAGUUUCUUCUCUUUCUGGUCCAAUCGUCCACCUCUUCAGCAUUUGAUUGUGUUCCAUCUCUCGUAGAUUUCAACCUGCCUCAUACACCUUCAUGACCACAAUCCAUGUGUAUUCAUCUUCGUCACUUACCUCUUUUGUACGUGUAGUCAAAUUCAGCCGUGAUCUAUUUUUUUGAUCUCACAGUACUGCGUUGACCGGGGAGGUCUUGCCCGUGACAUUCUCUCUGGCAUUGGUCCUAUUUCACCUCUAUGGACCAGGUCAAGUCAAUGAGUUAGACCAAUAGUACAAAAGUGCCUACUGCAUUCGAGUUGUGAAAUUACCAUAUCAACUCAGCUGUC